AGCAUGAAGCCGGGGCCGCGUCGCCCACACGACCAGUCAUCAGUCGACGGGAAUGUUCUCCAAAAUCAUCCUCAUCUGCAUCGUGGCCGGCAUACUCAGCCACGUCACAACAGCUGGUCCAGCAGAUGUAAAGCCUACUAAAUGUAAAACUGAUGGCGACUGCAAAGACAUCGAUAAGCCGUACUGCGGAGAUAAGAAAUGUCGCGUCGUGACGACGAAGUGUCGCUCUGGUGAGCUGGGAGUGGCUGGCUGCAACAAGUGCUUCUGUGUAACGAACGAUUGGGGAUGCGAAAAGAAGAACUGCGAACCAAAGUUUAAUCAUACGGGAGCUGUACCGUGCGAGGACGAGCCGGACUUCCCGCCUUGCAAGAAAUUCUGGCAGUGAAUGCGUCACAACCUGACAAACGCAAGCAUUAUGGGAUGGUGGAGACAGAAGGAGCUGCAUGGAGAGAAUACCAACACGUCGGCAGCAUACGUCGCAGUGCGUCAUUUCCGAGCCAAAACGGUGUUUUAUGUGCAAGUGCGUCGUCCUGAUGUGUUCGUUACGCUACCUAGGGUGAUUUCAGUGACCUAGCUUCUGCAUCAAGCUGUUUUUAUGACAAGGGAAACCUGCUACGCGGGAAAGAAUGCGAGUCCUAAAGCUGGACUUAGCGUAUGAACACGCUGUGUGCUUGGAAGUCAGGGGUGUCCAGAAUUUGUUUCCAAGAACCUGAGGAACUGGCUAUUUUAGAUGGUCACUACUCCAGCUAAUAUCAAACCACACCAAUCAAGACUGUUCAAUUUGCACGUUCGCUUGAAAGAGUUCGUACGCGCGAUUGCCCUUUCAGUCGGCCGCUUGAGGGAAUAAAAGCGUAGGUGGCCAUCG